GAUGAUGAGGAAGAUGGCAAAGACAAGAAGAAAAAGACCAAGAAGAUCAAGGAGAAGUACAUCGACCAAGAGGAGUUGAACAAGACCAAGCCCAUCUGGACCCGCAACCCUGAUGACAUCAGCCAAGAGGAGUAUGGAGAGUUCUACAAGAGUCUGACCAACGACUGGGAGGACCACCUGGCCGUCAAGCACUUCUCAGUGGAGGGCCAGCUUGAGUUCCGUGCCCUGCUCUUCAUCCCUCGCAGAGCGCCAUUCGAUCUCUUUGAAAACAAGAAGAAAAAGAACAACAUCAAGUUAUACGUGCGCCGGGUCUUCAUCAUGGACAGCUGUGACGAGCUCAUCCCAGAAUACCUCAACUUUGUGCGUGGUGUUGUUGACUCCGAGGACCUGCCCCUGAACAUCUCCCGAGAAAUGUUGCAGCAGAGCAAAAUCCUGAAGGUCAUCCGCAAGAACAUUGUGAAGAAGUGCUUGGAGCUCUUCUGUGAGCUAGCGGAGGACAAGGAGAACUACAAGAAGUUCUAUGAGGCUUUCUCCAAGAACCUGAAGCUUGGUAUCCAUGAAGAUUCUGCCAAUAGGAAAAAGCUGUCUGAGUUGCUGCGUUACCACACAUCACAGACUGGUGACGAGAUGGCAUCCCUUACAGAAUACGUCUCUCGCAUGAAGGAGACUCAGAAGUCCAUCUAUUAUAUUACUGGUGAGAGCAAGGAUCAGGUGGCUAACUCUGCCUUUGUGGAGCGUGUGAGGAAGCGUGGAUUUGAAGUGGUGUACAUGACAGAGCCCAUCGAUGAGUACUGUGUCCAGCAGUUGAAGGAGUUUGAUGGCAAGACUCUGGUCUCUGUCACCAAAGAGGGCCUAGAGCUGCCGGAAGACGACGAGGAGAAGAAAAAGAUGGAGGAGAGCAAGUCAAAGUUCGAGAAUCUUUGCAAGCUCAUGAAGGAGAUACUCGACAAGAAAGUGGAGAAGGUGACUGUCUCCAACCGCCUGGUUUCUUCACCCUGCUGCAUUGUAACAAGUACUUAUGGGUGGACUGCCAACAUGGAAAGGAUCAUGAAGGCCCAGGCCCUUCGUGACAACUCCACCAUGGGCUACAUGAUGGCCAAAAAGCACUUGGAGAUCAACCCUGACCAUCCUAUUGUGGAAACCCUCCGACAGAAGGCGGAGGCAGACAAAAACGACAAGGCCGUAAAGGACCUGGUGGUUCUACUCUUUGAAACAGCCCUGCUAUCAUCUGGUUUCUCGUUGGAUGACCCCCAGACACAUUCAAACCGCAUCUACAGGAUGAUCAAGUUGGGCUUAGGAAUUGACGAGGAGGACGUAGCUAUUGAUGAACCUGUGGCAGCCACGACGGACGAGAUCCCACCCCUUGAGGAGGAUGAAGACGCUUCCCGAAUGGAGGAAGUUGAUUAA